UCUUUUGGGCCAUCAUCGCGGCCAGACAUCACCACAGACACUCUUCUCUUCUCUCUCUCUCUCCAUCGCUCGCCCAAAUCAAAUCCAGUUCGUUCUCGCAAAGAACAGAUAUUCAAUUCCACCUUCUUCUCUUCGCUUCCCUUCUCUCUCUCUCUCUCCGUGUCCGGAUUGGAGCUUCCCGACCGUCCUCCUUCGCUUCUCUUCUUUCGGGUUUUGAAGGAUUUCCGCGCACGGUGCUCCCCCCCCUGGUCCAAUCGCCGCUUCCUUCAGUUCGCUUCCCGAACUAAGGCGUGGAUCGAAAGUCUCCAUUUUGAAGUGGGUGGUUUCCUUUUUUUGUCGUUCGGAGCUCGAGAAUUGAGCCGGAGAAGAGCUCGUACGGACGGAACGACAGCGACGGCGGCGGUUCGAAGGGAUCCAGAUCGGUCGGUCUUUGAACGGAGCCGGUCGAUUCGAGGGCAGAGGAGGAAGCCCGGAAGAGAGACGUUCGUCUUGACUCUUUUCGGGGUUGGCAAAACGAGAUCUCGCGCGGUGUGCGUUGGUGCCGAUAUGACCGUACAGGAUCAAGAUGGCAGUGCCCAUUCGAGCAAUAUGAUCGUAGGAAGCAACGAAAUGUCAUUGAGUGAUAGCCUGCACUCGAUAACCAGCAUCUCACUAAAGGAGCAGUUUUCUUGUGCGAAUGACUAUGCUCCCAAGGUGAGGAAACCUUACACCAUCACAAAGCAGAGAGAGAGAUGGACAGAGGAAGAGCACAAAAAGUUCCUUGAAGCUCUUAAAUUGUAUGGUCGAGCGUGGCGUCGCAUAGAAGAACACGUGGGCACCAAGACUGCCGUUCAAAUUCGGAGCCAUGCUCAGAAAUUUUUCUCAAAGGUCGUUAAAGACCCGACUGAUGGCAAGGUGGAAACCAUUGAGAUUCCUCCUCCGCGCCCGAAACGAAAGCCGAUGCAUCCUUACCCUCGUAAGCUUUUGGCUCACCCGAUCAACAAGGAAAGCUUGCCUCAGGAGCAGCCAAUUAGGUCUGGGUCUCCAAAUUUCUCAGUCUCCGAACUUGAGAACCAAUCGCCUAUGUCUGUGUUAUCCACUUUAGGCUCAGAUGGUUUGGGUUCCUCUGGUGCAAGCACACCCAGUGGUAGCUCGUCCCCAAGUUCCUCGGGGGGUGCGGCCUGCCGUGCAGGUCUGUCACUCUUUGAAUCGCCAGCUGAGGAGAAUGGUCCGAUCACUAGUGAGAAACUCGAGCUGCAUGCUAGAGGAUGUGAGGCCUCAGGAGGUGCCAUGGAGGAAGCACCUUCCCGAACCCUCAAGCUGUUUGGCAUGACUGUAUCUGUAACAGAUUCGCAUUGGCAAUCUUCUUCGGCCAUCAAGUCGGAGUCGAAAGAAAUGAAACUUCAAGAUCCCCUUUCUCAGGAUACUUUGUCCGCGACAUCACCUGCAAAAACAAACCGGGUACUUAAUUUAGUGCAGCCACGGGACACAUCCACCGAUCGCAUGGAAGCUGGUCCUGCCCCUUCAGCGCCUUGGUUGAAUCUUUAUGGCAAUUUGACAAUCUCUCUCUCACCGAUUCGCAAUAAGGUGGCUCCGCGAUCUACUUGCGGAGACAUCAACAAAAAUGGGAUUCCAGAAUCCAGGAACGGUGUAACUUCCAACGAGUUCCACAGUGGCUUUGACCUAAAGCUCAGUUUCCUUUCGAAACCAAGCAGCACGUCGGUGGCCCCCGAACUAAUGACGAGGCAAGAGAGACGAGGAAGAGGAUUCAUGCCUUACAAAAGGUGUAUGGCGGAAAAGGAGACGCAGCCCUCAGGGGCAACCGGCCUAGAAAGGGAAGUACAAAGAGUACGCCUUAGCUUGGAGUGUGCGUCUAGCUUGUAGAGAGCGCGUCCCCGUUAGGGCCUUCGAAUCGCAUUCGUUAGUUUGAUGUCCUCACGUAUUGUUCUCCCCCACCCUCAAUAUGUCUAAAAAUGUGUAGGUACCCUAUAAAUGCCUGUACUCCCUGAUUUGCCUCAUGUCUAGUUGCUUCCUUUUUUGAUUCCCGAAAGUUAGUGGUGCUGUUUUCUGCAGAAGAUAAUUGUAUAAGAGGACCAAUAAUUCGAAUGAAGAAAGUACUUUUUGCUUGCUUUCU